CGUGCAAUCGAGGGGAUACCCAGCAGUAGACUGUGAUGGUGUAAGAACAAGGAAUUCACAGUCCGGAAUGAACUGAAAGAGAAAGGGGACCAAUCUCCGUGCGCCAUAUAUUGACAUCGACGGCCGAAACAAGCAGCCAAAGAAAGUCUACAUGGUAUUGAAGACGACAUGUCUAGGUGUGGGGCAGUAAGUAAUAAAAAGACCCCAGGCUCGAACUACACCUACACUGCUACUCACACUCCAACACCAAGACAGCAAAGCUCAAUGGGUUAUACUGUUGCCAAGACCAACCAGGGCUACAAGGCUGCAUACGAGGAACGCCUCAAAAAGUACGGCUGGUCAGCUGGCGCCUCUGCUCUGUUCUACUUUAGCAAUGCCGAUGGCAACGAAGAGCAAGAUCCCGUCGGUACAUUGUUCUACAACGACAUUAACGAUAUCAGAGGGAAGACGAAGUACAAUGUGAUCUACAGCGAUGCCUCUGUGAAGAACGAGGAUGCGGCUGUCAUCGUUCAAUUCUUUGGCAACAAUAAGAGUCAGGGCAAUUUUUAUGCUGAGUUUGUCGGCAGAGAUCCGGCGCGCACUGUCUGGUGGAUCGUGGACGGUACGGCGCACAGGGGAGGGGAGUGGCAUCCCCUCAAACUCACAACAAGCACUGCGUUUGUCGAAAAGAGAGGCAAUGAAAACGAAGUCAAUAUCACCCUCGCUACCCUUGGUAAACAAGUUUCGUUCGACCUCCCUGCUGGGUACGCCUCCGGAAAAAACAUUUCCGUCUGGGGAAAUCUGUCUACCAACGACAUCAAAAAGAUCAAGAAGGGCACUAAAUCAGUCGUCAAUUAUAACGACGAUCGAAUUCUAUUCUACCCUCAGAAUGGGAGUAAAGACCUGACGGCCGUUUUCUUCCCCCUUGAAACCAAAGAUUCAGACGCGACGGCUCUUGGAAACUUUCGAUGGGUGUCGACGGACCAGGUUGCUGUUUGGGACGACUACGAUGGGGAUGAUAAUUAACCUGUGUCUGUUUGUCUGUCAAGGAAUUCCC